AUGACCCGCGCCGAACGCUUCGAGGAUGAGAAGCGACGCAUGGUCGAGAGCUGCUUCUCCAAGCUCGACCAGAAUGGACAGCUCGCCGAGUCGUACAUUACGCAUAUUCGCAUAACUGAGGAUGCCGCCCAUCCCUCAACUCCUCCUCCCCCCACCUCGGCUCCCGACAACAAGAAGCCCCGUAUCGUCGUCGUCGCCGUCCGUAGCACUGGCCGUGUCCGCAUGCACAAGGCUCGUGAGAACAACAACGGCUCUUUCUCCAUUGGCAAGACCUGGAACCUCGAGGAUCUGUCCGCCAUUGAGUCCUUUGCUCACCCCGAUCCCAAUGCCCCUCCACCCAAGCAGAACCACUAUCAGUGGGCUGGCAGCGUCGGUUUCGUUGUCACCAUCUCAAAACCCUACUACUGGGCCGCUGCCACGUCAAAAGAGAAGGACUUCUUCGUUGCUAGUCUGGUCAAAAUCUACCGAAAGUACACAAAAGGUCAGGUUCCGGAUCUUCGUGGCUUUGAUCCUCGCGAUGUAGAACAGAUGCUAGGGCUGGCUCCCGGCCAGCAACAAGCCCCACGUAGUUCGCCUGCUGUCCAGGAUCGCCAGACUCCUCAGAACACCCCUCCUCCUCGUCCACCUUUUGCCGAACAACAUCGCCCAUCUUCCCAGGAUUCCCGCCCACGCUUCCGACCAACCCCUGAGAAUGGCGAACCUCUACCGCCAGGGGGUCUACAACCGCAGCCUCGGCCUUCCCAGGACAAAGGUAUGCGACAAAGGCCUAGCCGAGAGCGUAUGCGUGCUCCGAGUCGCGAACCCAUGCGUGCUCCUAGUCGUGAGCCAAUGCGAGCUCCAAGCCGUGACCCUGGCCGUGCUCAGAGUCGAGAGCCUGCACAACGUGGUGCAGCUCCACCACCACUGAACAAUGUUAGUAUGUUUACAUCGACGCUCAAUCAGUGGAAACCUCCUUCGCGCGAAGCCUCGCCUAUGAGACAACCUUCUCCUAGGAAACCUCACAUUACUACUGUUGAACAGUCCGAGCCUCGACCAUCAGUCUUCGAAACCUUGAAGAACCAGCGACAGCCCGCAUUACGUCCGCCUCCACUUUCGACGAGCAGAAACGUGUCCGGUGCUAGCACAAACAUUAGUACUGUUGCUACUGUCGGUCGACCGUCGAGUCCCCAGCCAGAACCUCUACAGGCCUCAAGUCUUCCCUUUGUACAGCCAGAAGAAUCGCAACCUGCAGUGCUCGAACAGAGAGAUGUGUUGUCAGACGAGGAAGAGCAUCGCCCUGGACUUGGCCCUAUGAUCAAAAAGAAGCCCGGACCUAAACUCGCAGAUGCGCUUAGGAAAGCAGCAGCAGCUCAGGGCGCGUUCAAGCCUCGUGCCGGAGGUGCUGCCGAGCGCAUGAGAGCCCUCGCAGAGGCUGCUAACAAGGGGCAGGGACCUGACGGCAUCAAUGGUGUUGUCCCGGCUCCUUUGCGAAAGCAGAGCGUGGAUAUCGAUAGAUCAGAGUUGCCCGUGCAAGCUCACACGCCGAUCGAUGGUGCAGCUGUCGAAGGCUACUUCCCCCAACCAGAACCAGAGGCACAGCCUGAAGAACCGCAAGUACCUGUGCCAGCACCGGAACCUAGACGGCCAAAACGUAGAUCGGCGCAGCAAGAGAAUCACCUUCGCUCCCUCAACAUUGACCCAAGGUUGCUUGACGGCCGCGGAAUCCAGUUUGAGUCCAUUCUCUCCGACUUUGGUUGGGGCUCCGGUCUGCUGAAAGGAAGGCAGCUGGAAGAUCUUGAGGCUGAUUUGAAGCGCGAGCUAGGUCGUGUCGAGGCUGGCAGCUGGCUGGGACAUCUCGAACAGAAAGAUGAUCGAGUCGACGUAGUUGACCAGAUGCUCGAUCGAGCGAUCGCCGAGUGUGAUGAGCUUGACGGACUUUUAACGAUCUACUCUGCAGAGUUGAGCACUCUCAAUGAAGACAUCUCUUUCAUCGAGGCGCAAUCACAGGGUCUACAGGUACAAACCGCCAACCAGAAAAUUCUACACACCGAGUUGCAGAAGUUGGUUGACACCAUCUCAAUCUCGCCUCGUCAGCUAGAGCCGCUUAGACAUGGAGACUUCAGCAACCCAGAAGCUCUUAUGUCAGUCGAGUCAUCGCUGCUUCUUCUUUACAAGGCUAUGGCUACCAUUGAUCCUUCUGUACGCUCAACAAACGCUCUGAGUCGACCUGGUCCUGGUCUCGAUGCCAGCGACGUCGGUAAUAUGAAAGCCCUGCAAGAGAAACGUAACGCAUACAUGCGUGAGAGUGCCGAGUUUUGCCAACGGCUGAUGCGUUACUUGGAUAACACUUUCGCAUCGGCACUUGCCGCAGCGAAACCCUCGCUCAUGCAACAUCCAGGUGGCAUUGGCAAUGCCACGAUGAAACUCAAUGGGUCAGGCUUCAACCUGGCUCGUGCCAACCUUUGGCAGUUCAGUCCAUUGCUUCUCUUCACGAAGGAGACGAACUUGCCUGCCUGGCAAAGCACCCUUCGCACGUACCAGACCAAAGCCCGCCCAUUGUACACUGAUGUCUUCCGAGACAACACAAGUAAUUGGAAGAGAGGAGCUCGUACGGCUGGCAGCGAAGCGACUGAGCUGCUGUUCACCUCGGUCGAGAAGGAAACGCCCGAAGGCCUCACCAGUACCGCUCGCAAGCUUACGGUGAAGCGAUCUCAAACCCUGGCCAAAUCUUUCCGUUCGGCUGGCACCGGCGGUGACAAGCCAACAGCUGUCGAUAGAGCACAACCUGGUCGUAUGGCACCGUUCGAAGUCUUCAAUGGCGUGCUCGAAGAGCAGGUGCCACUGAUAUCUAUGGAGCAAAACUUCAUUGUGGACCUCUUCCACGCUACCAGUCUCGAGAAUAUUGACUUUGCAGAUGCCGUGGUGGCUAACGUCCCCGAAGCACGCAUGGGCUCUGAUCUCACUACAAGACGCUUGAUGGAGCCUGACCGAGCCAUGGCGAGACGCGUCUCGGAUACCAUGGAAGAGACUUUUGGAUUCUGGAAGGAUGAGUUGAGAGCCCUGAUGGAGUGGGCUAACGCUGGUGACCCUAUCCAGGGUGUUGGAGUCCUUACUGUCCUGGCUCUGCAUGCGUACCGUCUGCAGGAAACAUCACAGGAGUUCUUGCUUCACAACCUCAACGAGAUCUCUUCACGCUUGCAGACGCUUUUCCAGAAGUUUGUCGAUGAGCAAAUUCAUGCAAUUGAAGACACAAAGGUCAAGAUCAAGAAGCGCAAGGGUGUCAUCGCUUUCAUGAAGAUCUUCCCCUUGUUCUCGAAUGCUGUCGAGAGUACAUAUUUGUCGGCUGCCAGAGAUCACGAUGGCCAUGCAGCAGUGCUCGGUGCACGUCAAUUGGUUGACGAUGCAUACAUCCGCAUCAAUCGGGCAAUGUGGGAUUCUCUAAAGGUCAUUGCUAGAGAGUCACCCACUGCUACCGGCGCCGCAGCAUCUGCCACCACAGCACAUGGCCUCGAGUACGAAGACAAGGAGAUCCUCAACUACCACAUUCUGUUGAUCGAGAACAUGAAUCACUACAUCGAGGAAGUGGACGACGGAGGCGUGGAGGGCUCAGUGCUGGCCGAGUGGAAAGCAAAGGCCUUGAUGGAUCGCGCAGAGCACAUGGAAGAAUACGUGGGUCGCGUGGUCCGAAGGCCUCUGGGCAAGAUCAUCGACUUCGUCGAAGGCGCCGAAACCCUGCUCUCCCAAAAUCUCUCCGGCCCCACCAUUUCCUCGCGGCCCUUGUACUCACGCCACAAUACCAAAAAGCUUCUCGCCUCGCACGACUCCAAAGCCAUUCGCAGCGGCAUCGACGCGCUGCGCAAACGCAUUGAAAAGCAUUUCGGAGAUGCCGAUGAAGAAGUGCUAUCGAGGCAGAUGGUGGCCAUGGUGUGCAAGGAGUGUGAGAGACGAUACGACAGUGUGCUGGACAGGCUGGUCAAGGCUUGUGAUGUGCUUUACAAGGAGAAUGAGAAGGGUGUUGUUAUCGAUUGGAGCAAGGAGGAUACUAGGGAAGGGUUCAAGAGGGUGUGA